AUGGUGGGGCUGGUGCGGACGACGGAGCUGGACCCCCGUCAUAAUUACAUCUUCGGUUUCCACCCCCACGGGGUUUUGGCGGCUGGCGCCUUCGCCAACUUCUGCACCGAAGCAACGGGUUUUGGGGUGCUCUUCCCCGGGCUGCGCCCCCAUUUGCUCACCCUUCCCUGUUGGUUUCGUCUACCCCUUUUCCGCGACUAUAUGAUGUCCGGAGGGUUGGUGUCAUCGGAGAAGUCCAGCCUGGAGUACCUGCUGAGCCGGGAAGGUGGGGGGCAAGUGGCUGUCAUUGCCCUGGGGGGGCCCCCUGAAUCUUUGGAUGCCCACCCUGGGGCUCUCACCCUCCAGCUGCUGGGGCGGAAGGGGUUUGUCCGCAUCGCCUUGGAGCAUGGGGCCUCCUUGGUGCCAGUGUUCUCUUUUGGGGAGAACGAGCUGUUUCGACAAAUCCCGAAUCCCCCGGGAUCGGGGUUACGGCGGUUCCAGCUCCGACUCCAACGGAUUUUGGGGGUGGCCAUCCCCCUUUUUCACGCUCGGGGGGUUUUUCAGUACAGCUUCGGGCUCCUGCCCUUCCGCCGACCCAUCCACACCGUCGUGGGGUCCCCCCUGGUGCUCCCCCGUACCCCAAAUCCUUCACCCCAGACGGUGGAGCGGUGGCAUGGCCUCUACCUGGAGAGACUCGUCGCCCUCUUCGAGGAGCAUAAAUUGGGGUACGGGGUCCCCCCCGAGCGACACCUCACCUUCAUCUGA